AUGAGUUCGCUUUCUUUCGCAGCCAAGGCCUGUCGGCUUUGCAUAACAGCAGCAACGGAUGACUUUGAUAACAAGUUACUACGCUGGUGUGAGCUUGAAGGUUUUGAUACGACUUUUAUCACGUAUAACUACGAUGAUCGGCACUAUGUUCACGAGCUGAAUGCUGUGAAGCAGGGACUUGGGGUUAGCGAAUCAUACGCAGUAAUAGGCUUCGGCGAUGCGGCUGCAUUUUGUCUCGAGCAUUAUCUCAAAGUCACUAACACGAGCAAGCUUUGUGCCCUCGUAGCGUACUACCCAUCGCGAAUCCCGGAUCCUGAAUGCCGUUACGCCUCAUCUAUGCGCGUCCUUGUGCAUCUCGCAGAUCAAACAGUCCAGGUGCUCUCUGCUUCUCACGAUCAUAAGAGACAUAUUAUUAAACGACGUGUCGGGGCAGGGCAGGGUACGGGAGACCGGCUGGACUUCGGAUACCCGGCGUACUCAUACCCUGGCAUAGGUCCAGGAUUUGCAGAAAGUGACUUGGACAAUUAUGAUCCGGUAGCGACUGAGAUUGCAUGGACCCGGACUUUGUCCGUUCUGCAAAGUGGGUUUCAGAAGCAGCUAGAUUUGGAAAAGACUUGGGAAGAUGUUCAGCAGGAGAAGUAUUUCUCAUCUGAUAUGCCUACCGCGAUGACCAAUUAUACCACGGAGGAAACUCCUACGGUCACAUAUACCCCGACACUGAAAGGUGCUAGUGGCAUAAAGGCUCUUCAUCAAUUCUACAAAACUUCCUUUCUACAGGGCAGGCCACCCUCGAUGCGUCUCCGUUUACUUUCACGGACAAUCGGAGCAGAUAGAGUAGUGGACGAGAUAUAUGUGGCGUUCAAACAUACUCAAGAAAUGCCGUGGAUCCUUCCUGGCUUGCAGCCAACCGACCGACAGGUGGAGAUAGUACUUGUCAGCAUUGUGACGCUCCGUGGUGGAAAGCUAUAUUCAGAACACAUAUACUGGGAUCAAGCAAGUGUCCUUGUUCAAGUUGGUCUCAUUGACCGUAACUCAAUUCCUGAGCAGGCCAAAGGGAUCACUGCUCUCCCUAUUGCUGGAAGGGAGGCCGCAAAGAAGAUUCUUCUGCACGAUAAGGAACAAAACAUGGAGCCUGAAACUGCAUCCAUGGCAGCACAGGUGGAUGGAUCGGAUAUACAUUAA